UGCUGCCGGGCCACAUACAAUAAUCAACGGCAAAGAAGUUGUGAACUUUGCUUCAGCAAAUUACCUUGGAUUUGUAGGACAUGACAAGUUGAUUGAGUCGUGUACUUCUGCACUGGAGAAAUACGGUGUUGGCUCUUGUGGUCCUCGUGGAUUUUAUGGAACAGUUGAUGUCCACCUUGAUUGUGAAGCCAGAAUCGCUAAGUUUUUGGGAACACCUGAUUGCAUACUAUAUCCUUAUGGACUUUCCACCAUGUUCAGUGCAAUUCCUGCUUUUUGUAAGAAGGGAGACAUUAUUAUUGCGGAUGAGGGUGUCCACUGGGGAAUACAAAAUGGCCUAUAUCUUUCCAGAAGUACAAUAGUGUAUUUCAAACACAAUGACAUGGAGUCUCUACAAAGUACUCUAGAGAAAGUUACUCUACAAAAUAAGCGAGCUAAGAAGCUAAGGCGCUAUAUUGUGGUUGAAGCUGUGUACCAGAAUUCAGGUCAAAUUGCUCCAUUAGAUGAGAUCAUCCGACUGAAGGAGAAAUAUCAUUUCCGUGUCUUAUUGGAUGAGAGCAACUCUUUUGGUGUGCUUGGCAGUUCCGGAAGAGGUAUCACUGAGCACUAUGGGGUUCCGAUUGAGAAGAUAGAUAUCAUAACUGCUGCCAUGGGACAUGCAUUGGCCACGGAAGGAGGAUUCUGUGUUGGAAGCGUCAGAAUCACUGAUCAUCAACGUCUCAGCAGUUCUGGUUAUGUCUUCUCUGCUUCCUUGCCUCCAUAUCUUCCGGCUGCUGCUAUUACUGCUAUUGAUGUUCUAGUGGAAAAACCUGAUCUUAUUACGAAACUGAACAAAAAUAUUGCCGUACUAUGCAAAGGAUUGUCAGAUAUACGUGGCCUUCAGCUUGUGAGUGAUGUGAAAUCCCCAAUUGUUUUCCUCAGACUUAAGAACUCCACAGGAUCCUUAAUGUGCGAUUCACAAUUGCUUGAACAAAUUGCUGAACAGGUAUUGAAAGAAGACUUGGUUUUUGUAGUGACUUCCAAAAGAUCAACACUAGAUAAGUGCCGUCUACCUGUGGGAAUCAGAUUAUUUGUCUCAGCUGCUCAUUCUGAAUCUGAUCUGCGCAAGGCCUCUGAAUCAAUGAAGAGAGUUGCAGCAGCGGUUUUGGCAGCUCGUGAUUGAAUUGAAGAGUGCAGAUCAGAUCUCAUUUUAUUUUUCCAAUAAUCUUUCAGUUUGACCGCGUCAACCAAAAAAACCCAAGUUUUGUUUCUUGGUAGAUGCUUUUAUAAUAACUUUUGUGCCAAUCUGUUUUAUAAUAACUUUCAACUUACCACUAGGCAUUUAUUUCAUCUUGGAAUUGAAAUAUUUUUUCAUAUUGAGAAGUGCUAAUUGAUCCAAUAUUAUAUUUUGCAAAAGCAAUUUAACAAUAGUCUAAGGCAUGAUUUCUACGAGGACUAAAGAUCUGGAUAGAGAAUGCAAAGUUUCAGUUGGGGCUGUGUUUGUAGAAAAUACAAUAAGUUUUUCAUUUUUAAUAUAAUUAUAGGAUUCUCUUCA